GCACGGUUCUUCAUUCUCCUAAAAAGACGAGCAUGCAAAGCGAAAGACAUGGAUGUCGGCUGAAAAAUGGUCCGGAAGUAGAGGUGCCGUGUGAUUACCAUAACAAGCUACGUCCAACAGAUCCAUUCCAUAACAGCAGAGAAUAUACACUUCUGCUUUCAUUCUCAUUUUAGAAAUCAUCGCUAUCGCUAUACACGAGCUGUCGCGCGCUUCAGUGGGUGGGUCACGCCUGUGAGCGAGGAACGGUUUUUUUUUUUCUGAGUGAGCGCGUUUUUUUUUUAGAAUUUCUGAGUGAGCGAGUGGUACGGUAUGCCACGCUCCUAGAGGGCAAUGGACCACAACAUUCCAAGAUGAUGAUUUACUAAGAUAUUUAUGUGGCCUCGGUUAGAUAUUUACGAUUGAUUUUUUGUUUCAGGAGCUGUUGUCCGUCGACGCUUCGAUGACGACGCGGGGGGUGGAGUUCUUCUGUGCUUGGGGGGUGGAGUUCUCGAGGAGUAGAGGAGAAAUGGAUGAUGGAAGUGGUGGUGUUCAAGAAUCAAGUGACAUGUCUAUUUCAAGCGAUGAUGACACCAUUAAGCAACUGAAUGAAAGCAACGUGGAACUUGAACAUGACGACGGUGAAGCUCAACCAGAUGCCUUACUUGGAGAUCCUAAAUUGGGGAUGACCUUUGAUACUGAGAAUGAGGUGCGAGAGUACUACAACAACUAUGCUAAAGCGAAGGGCUUUGGUGUGACAAGAAGAAGCUCAAACAAUGAUGAUAAUGGACAGCUGAAGUGUCUUACACAUAGUUUGAAGAUGUUAGAUGCAAUAUUUUGUAUGCCCUUGUGAACUUUAAUGUAAUACCUGAUACCUGAUAGGCACCAGGGCACUAGAAAAGUAGACGGAUUUAAGUUUUGUCAUCUUGUUUCUGCCCAAGGUAUUUGAAUUUGUCUGUGUUAUAUGGUUCAAGUAUUAGUUGAUUCCAGUUUCAGUUCCAGUUCAAAUGUUAGGUGGUUCUUUCAUGUAGAUCCUAGCAGAAACAUCAGCAGCAAAUACUCUUUAUUUGUCAUUCUUACCAAACAAUGACAGAAUGUAAGAGGUAAGAAUAUGAUGAAGCCGACUUUUGUAUUGAUCUCAGGCAAGUACAUGAGUGCACGAGCGUGCUAGUCAGUCGUGGCUUACUAUAUCCCUGAAUAGGGAGAUAU